UUUUUGUGAUUGGGAAUGGAUUCUGGAAAGGCAAUCAACAUGAUCACAGAAUGCAGCAAUUGCUAUCAAAAAAAACACUCCCAACUUCACAUUCACAGAGAACAAACACGUAGGUGUUUGUCUGUGACUUGCUCUAUUCAGGCCCUCUCCCACUGCCAGGACAGCUCUGCUUCCAGCUGCACAGGCAGCAUUAUCACUGGGUGCUAUUUUUGGCUCCUGAGUACAUCUCAUCCUUCCCACGCCAGCCCUGGUACAAAGGACACAAACUCCUCUCUGCACUCCUUGUCCUGCACGGUGCCGCUGCCGGCUCCGUCCCUGCUGCUCAGGGGUCUCCGGACACUUUUCCUUGAUCCUUCUCAGUUUCUGGGCAAGAGGCUUUCCAUCCAAAGCUUCGUGUGGGAGGCUUCAUGUUGGCAUCCAGAGUACAUGUCCCAAAUAUGUCCAGCCUCACUUUCUGAUCCUAGUGCCAAAGAGCUGCAGACAGAUGACAGCAGCUCUCCUCCUUCCAUACUGAGGAAAAGGCCACCUGUGGACCAAGCUGUGGGGGAAAAGCGGAGAGCGGAGCGAAGGGUUCGAUUUCGUGAGCCAGAAGAAGUCAUUGAACAUGUAAUUUCCUGCUGUGACUACGUAGUGGCAGAUGACAGGACAUCAUCUGGAUUGCCUGUGCUCCUGUGGCUCCUGUUUUGUACAGUGCUGAUCCUUGCUGUGAGUCUCUACUACACCAGCAUGAAGCAAGAUGUCACAGUCCUGGAGGAAUUUCAAUCCCGACUUGUCAUCUUCUUUCUUCACAUAAGACACGUUGCUCAGAGGUGCUGGACUUGGUUUCUGAGGCAGUAGCAGUGUCCUCCAGCCUGACACUGCUAAGAAACAUCAGUGCAAAGCUCCCAGCCUACUGCAGCCACAUGCAAGGAACACAUGAGCAUCCACCUCAAAGAGCAAGGAAAUCACCCCUGCUGUGCACCAUCCAGCAAACACUUGUUCUCCUGUUUCCUUCUUUGUUGUUUUCCUUUGUUUCCCAUCAAUGAACAUUCAUACUAAUGCCUUGAGGUCCCACCAAACUCAUGUUCCAUCCACCCUGAAGAGCAAACAAGUAUCUGGAUUUGGUUACCCAGAGUUUAUAAGCUGCUGAUAUGAGGAGCAAAAGCGGAGAGAGAAAUACAUUGAUCUGUGCAGGCAUCAGCAAACUCACAAGUCUUGUGAGUCUCGGGUCAAGGCUUUAGAUACCAAACCAUCUUUCUCCUCAAGUCUCCUAAGAAUUAUUCUGCAAAGGUUAAAAUAAAGCUGAGCUAUUGCACAGACACUGCUCUGCUGGCCAAAGGCUUGGCAAGCUGCUAUAUUUAUACACCUGAAACAAUUAUUAGUAAAAUCCCAGCAAAUGGCUUUCUUGUUUCCUUUCAUGCAUUUUUUUCAUCCAUGGGCAAAAGGCUGGUUCUUAAUGCUUCACUUGACUCCCAGGUGUAGAAAAGAACAAGAAAACUCAUUUCUUGUUCUUUUCUACAAAUAAACAGAAAAUAGUUUAUUUGCCUAAGAUAAUAAAUAGCAGCAUUGAAACCCAGGUUAAUCAUCAAAACAGUAGUUUAAUCCUGUGGGCUUGAUUCAGUCCAUAAACCCCACAGGCUGACAUGCAGGAUUUAUGAUAGUGCUUGUAUUCAGACAGAGGUUAUGCCUGAGUAUUCAAGGCCUUAUAUCAUGAUAAUAUGGACUGCUUAUGAAGGUGUGGAAUGCAAAGUUCCUUUAUCAUUAUCCCACCAUCCUAUGCAUUUCUCUGAAAGGAAUCCUUUUAAUGGAGAUCAUGUGAAACGGUGCUCUGGCUAUCUGAGAGGAGAACAAAUGACUGCAAGUUCAUGAGCUUCAAAGAACCAGCACAAACAGCUUUUUAGAUCUUAGAUUCUGCUCAGCUAGCACCUGAUGUCUGCCUGGGGUUAUUUACUAUGGUAAAAUUGACAUCAGAACCUGUAAGUAAAAGAAAAAGAGGAAAAAAGUCGGGGGGGGGGAACACUGUAGAGAAGAUAAAGAGAUGUCUGCAAGACCUUGGCUUAUAUUCCCCCUGCCAUUGCAACCAUCAAAAAGAAAAAAAUGGUGCUUUAUUUCUAGUUAUUUUUUUAAAAGAGGGCCAUGCAUCUGCCCCAGCAACCUUCUCCCAGGCAGCCCAAGAACUUUAACCAGGAGAGGAUAAACAGGAACACAACGUGCAAUCUCCUCUCCGGAGAAGAGGGGGCAGCAGCUUGAUUGAGAACAAGUCAGAAAAAUUGCAGCCCAAGACAUAAAGAAGUGCCUUCAGUGGCUCCUCUUAUGCCUCUCCUAAGCUGUCAAAGCCACAGGCAGGCAUUGGACACGGGCUGGCCUGGAGAGCAGAGGGUGCUCAGGGAAGCAGAGGGUACUGCAGGAGCAGGGUUUGGCUCAGGGGGUUGUGUGCAGAUCACUCAGGUACCCCAGCUCAAAGGGUGAGUCCCACCCCUGCUUCCCUCCCUUCUACCCUGUCUCAGCCCUGCUGUUUAGGUAAUAAAGAAGAAAGGUUUUAAA